CAGCGAGAAUCAUUACUUUACAAAGUAAUCAAUUUCAAAUAGAAAACUCAUUCAACAGAAGCCACAUUAAAACACAUUUCUAAGACCUAUGGGACCAAAAAUAGCAAACGUAUUUCAAAUUAGAGGGGCGGGUCUUGGAAACUCAUGCAGAAUUUCCUAACCAUUUCAGUAAUUGUGUCUGUAGAAAAUCCGAUUGGCGAGGAGGUUGGUGAAGACUUUUAUUGUUGUUGUUAUUAUUCUUAUGGGUAAUUGUAUCAGAGGAUCAACAAAUGACGAGCCUGAUGACAAUCCAGGGCGAGCAGACGUGUAUCAACAACGAUUUGCAUCUAAGCAGCCGGUUACGGAAAGUUCAGAGAUGCACAAAUAUGCCUUUAUCGGGGAUAACUUUCAAACUCUUGAUCAGGUGAUUACUGCCUUGAGAGAUAAUGGGCUUGAGUCCUCCAACUUGAUUGUUGGUAUUGACUUCACUAAGAGCAAUGAGUGGACAGGAAGAGACUCUUUCAAUGGACAAAGCUUACAUGCAAUUGGGGACAUUCCAAAUCCCUAUGAACAAGCCAUUUCUAUCAUUGGGCAAACUUUGUCCCCCUUUGAUGAGGACAAUCUAAUCCCUUGUUUUGGUUUUGGUGAUGUAUCAACACAUGAUUAUACCGUGUUCAGCUUUUAUGAGGAUCACCGACCCUGCCAUGGGUUUGAAGAAGCACUAUCGCGUUACCGGCAGAUUGUUCCACAUUUGUCACUGUCAGGUCCAACUUCUUUUGCUCCAAUAAUUCAGAUUGCAAUGGAUAUUGUAGAGAAGAGUGGUGGCCAAUAUCAUGUUCUCGUUAUUGUUGCUGAUGGACAGGUAAGCAAGAGUAGUAAUCCAAAGCCUGGGCAGUUAAGCCCACAAGAACAGAAGACAAUAGAGGCUAUAGUUGCUGCAAGUCAAUAUCCACUAUCAAUAGUUUUGGUUGGAGUUGGUGAUGGUCCCUGGGAAGCAAUGCAGCACUUUGAUGACAACAUCCCUCGACGCUUAUUUGACAAUUUUCAGUUUGUGAAUUUCACAAAGCUUAUGUCAAGAAACCCAGUGCAAUCUCAGAAGGAAGCCGAGUUUGCACUUGCUGCACUCAUGGAGACACCAUUUCAAUAUAAAGCAACGAUGGAACUCAAUAUUCUGGGGCGACAAGUUGGAAAGGUUCCAAAUGUAGAGCCAUUUCGUCCUCCACCAUCAGUGAUUUCACAUGACGCUUCUUUGUCGAGUUCUUCUCAGCCAUCAAUUUCCCAGUCUACGGCUUCUGAGAGCACCAUUCUAGGAGGGAUUUCUCAAGCAGAAACAAACUUGAACAGUGAGAGACAUGUAGAGAUUUCUUCUCCUUCGACAAUUUAUUCUUUGUCGAGUCAGCCAUCAAUUUCCCAGCCUACAGCUUCCGAGAGCACCAGUCAAGGAGGGAUUUCUCAACCAGAAACAAACUUGGACAGAGAUAUACGGGUUUGCCCCAUUUGCUUGACCAAGACUAAAGAUAUGGCAUUUGGUUGUGGACAUAUGACCUGUAGAGAGUGCAGCCAAUAUUUGUCAAACUGCCCUAUAUGUCGUGCAUGCAUCACGACACGCUUGAGGUUGUAUGGUACGUGAAGAGCCAUCCAGUGUUCUGGUAAUGAUUUGUUGAAGAAGAAGAAGAAUAAUUUUAACGUCCACGAGACUAACAAAAGUAUAUGGGACAAUUUAGUGGUAGAUCCAGUAAAAAAACCUUUGCUUGUAUCUCUUUAAUAGUCAGCCAUUUGUCUGACAUUACAGCUAGAAGAAGAAGAAUUUAGUUGAUGGUUCUGCGGCAAUUUAGUGGUGGAUCCAGUAAAAUAAUCUUUGCUUGUAUCUCUUUAAUAGCCAGCCAUUUGUCUGACAUUACAGCUAGAAGAAGAAGAAUUUAGUUGAUGGUUCUGCGGCAAUUUAGUGGUGGAUCCAAUUAAAAAACCUUUGCUUGUAUCUCUUUAAUAGCCAGGCAUUUGUCUGACAUUACAGCUGGUGGGAAGUUUACUUGAUGAAUGUGAUGUGCCCAAAUCUUUCUUUGACA